AUAUUGGAUGAGCAACAAAUACCACAUCUGUGUGCAUUUGCAAUCACAGAAAUUCUUGCAGGAGAAGAAAUCGUCUACACCUAUGAAAACCCCAUCUGUCAAUGGCGACAGAAGACAACUUCCUUCUCUUCUAAUGCACACAUGGAAAAGAAGGAAUCUCGAUGGAAGAGCUCACUAGAAAGUCUCAAGUCUGAGUCUGGCGUGGUGGAAAUUGAUGGCCUUGUAUUCAAUCCAAACAUAAAGAUUGCAAAUGGAUGCAAUGAAGCAGAAGUCUUUCCAGGACUCUUCUGCAACGGCCCUGUGGCAGUCAAGCGAUUUCUUAAACAUAUCAACAAAAGCCAAUUGAAAAUAGCAAACUUUCUAUGUUCAGACAGAUUAAAAACCAAACAUCUGUUGCAGCCCCUUACUGUGAUUGAAGACACUUACUUGGCCUAUUUAGUCUUGCCUCUUUGUGAAUAUAAUCUCAAAGACCUGAUCGAAAAUAAGGAUUUUCCUGAGAGACAAAACCUGACUGAGCAGUGGAGACUGGGAAUCUGUCAGGAGUUAUUGCUGGGACUUCAGGAACUGCACUCACAUGGAAUGUUUCACGGAGAUCUGAAGCCUGAAAACAUCCUGUUUGAUAUCAACAAUAAAAUGUGUAUUGGAGACUUUGGAGCAAGUAGAAAUCUGGAUCCUACAGACACUGCAUCGUUUUCACUAAUAGGUGGAACUUUGUCCUGGGCCAGUUAUGAGGAUGUUGGAGAUAUAAAAAGCAAAUCCAAGAAGGAGUCAGAUAUCCAGGUAGCGGGGUGCUUGGUGCAUUACAUCCUGACAGAUGGACAACAUCCCUUUCAAACUACAACCCCAUACUUCAGGGAUCCCACUGGGCUGAUUCAUAACAUCAGAAUGGCCAACUUCACUCUUCAGUGUGAUGAAAGAUGGAGUGGGUUAAAAGACAUCAUUACCCGGAUGCUGAGCAGGUCACUUGAAGAAUGUCCCACUAUUGAAGAAUCCCUUAAGGCUGUCAUGUGUUUGCCACAUUGGUCUGAUUAUACUGGAACCACAAACAACACUGGGCUUGAGAAUCAAAAAGCAAUGGAACCCCCCAUACAACAAACUUCAGAUGAGACUGACAUUGCAGACAGUACUGUCAGCGAUCUGCUUGAAAUUUCUGACUGUAAACCAUUGUUUCCAUCUUCUUUGAUAGAAGAGGAAUUUUCUGAGUUUGACAUGCCAGACUACUCUGAUGCAGAAGAGGAAGUGAAGGAUGUAUCCGAAGAAGAAGAUGGAGAGGAAUACAACCCAGAGCAUGAUAAAUCUUCUUCUUCUUCAGAAGAAGAAGAAGACAAAGAAAACCCUGAAGCUGAAAGUGAGGCUUUCCUUUCAAAAAAUGGCCAAAUAACAUGGUCCUCAGAGACAUAUGACCAACAUGGCAGGCAUGCAAAACGGUACAUUGUAAAGAUGACCCCAGGACCCACAAGGUAUGCCGUUUCUCGUGUCCAUGAUAUUGUUUCUACAUUCUACCUGUUUAUCACACCAGCAAUAAAAAAAAUAAUCCUGGAGAUGACAAAUAGGGAGGGUUUUCGCAAAUUUGGAGACAGCUGGAAAAAGAUGGAUGAGAUUGACCUGCAGGCCUACAUAGGGCUGCUAAUCCUAGCAGGUGUAUACAGGUCCCGGGGUGAAGCUGCAGCUAGUCUAUGGGAUGCAGAGAGUGGAAGGCCAAUUUUCCGAGCCACAAUGGCACUCAGCCUCUUUCGAAUCUACUCAAAACUGAUACAAUUUGAUGACCGUGAGACAAGACCAGCAAGACGUGUGAAAGACAAACUUGCACCCAUAAGAGAGGUAUGGGACAAGUGGGUGGAGCGGUUGCCCUACCUCUACAAUCCAGGGCCUGACGUAACAGUGGAUGAGCAACUGGUUCCAUUUAGAGGUUGUUGUCCUUUCCGGCAGUAUAUCCCCAGCAAGCCAGCAAAAUAUGGGAUCAAGUCAUGGGUGGCUUCCGAAUCAAGCUAUGCUUGGAAAAUGCAAAUCUAUACUGGGAAGUCAACCAGUGGAUGCCCAGAGAAGAACCAGGGGAUGCGAGUUGUGCUUGAUGUGACAGAGGGACUGAGGGGUCACAAUGUGACAUGUGACAAUUUCUUCACCUCUUAUGAACUCGGACAGCAGCUCCUGAAGAGGAAGAUCACCAUGAUUGGUACAGUUCGAAAGAACAAGCCUGAGCUCCCACCUGCACUGCUUACCACAAAGGAGAGAAAGGUCUUCUCCUCAAAGUUUGCCUUCACUCCCACCACCACUCUAGUUUCCUACCUCCCAAAGAAAAACAAGAAUGUAGUUCUUAUGAGCACACUGCACAAAGACGGCGACAUUAGCAAUCGUGAGGACAGGAAGCCAAACAUCAUUCUGGACUACAACCACACCAAAGGAGGUGUAGACAACCUAGAUAAGGUGAUUGGAACAUAUAGCUGCAGAAGAAUGACUGCCCGCUGGCCCCUGGUCAUCUUCCACAACAUCAUUGAUGUGUCCUCCUACAAUGCCUUUGUGAUUUGGAGAGAGAUCAACCCGUCCUGGAUGUCUGCUAAGACCAACAAGAGGAGGGUGUUCCUGGAGCAGCUAGGAAAGGCACUUGUAACUCCACACAUUGAAAGAAGGACGCAUGUCCCCCGCACAGAAGCCUCAGCAGCAGUUGUGAAAGCUAUUCAGAGAGCAGCAGCUCCUGAUCAACCUAAGGAUCCAUCUACCACAGUCACUUCCCCAGCUAAGCCAAAUAAGAGGAAGAGAUGUCAGUUCUGCCCUCAAAAGAAGGACUGUAAAACAUAUACCGCGUGCUGCAAGUGUAAGAAAUAUAUCUGCAAAGGCCUUACACUUCCAUACUGCCCUACAUGUGCUAAUUAGUUGAAUGGGUUAUGUUAUUUUUCACGUUUUCAUAUCUUUGUCACAUUUGUAGAUUUAAACUUUCUGUCUUAUUGCUUCAGUAUUUCUACUUAACCUUAUGUUCUCGCAGCAAGAAACACCAACAUGGAUGCUUCAAAGCAGGGAAGGAGCUGUUAGGUCUCUCCAUUUCAUCACAAAUACUCAUGUCUCACAAAGCCAUGACAUCCUGUUGGUUUUCCCUAUUUGCUUGAAGGCAAUUACACUUUGAAUAUUACACUGUGUGCACAGCUACUAGGCAAAUCUUUUUCUUUUUUUGUUGCUCUGAUUAUUUGUACCAAAAUGUUAAUAAACCUCAAAUAUAAAUGCUUAAGGAAGUAAAGUGAAUUUCUAUAUUUAUUGUCCAACUAUUAUCAUGCCAUAGACCAGAGAGCUGAACUGUUGAUCUUCACUGUAAAUCUCCUGUUUCGGUUCAGUUGAGGAAGAGCGCCGUGUCGUCAGUUUUUCUAUAUUUAACACCUCUGCUGGCCGGUACUUGGAUAAAUGUAAUGGAAAAUAAUUACUGUAUUUUUUUUAAAGAUACAGACAACUCCCUCUAGUAGUGUCUUCUAAAAACUGGCAGUACGUUUGGGAGUUGACAUUGAGCCCAUCUUCAACAUGACUAGGUCCAACCAGCUGAUCUUCAAUAACACCAGGUCAGACCAGUAGACUCCAAGUAGAGCUUUAAGCCCAUUGCUCAUCCACCCAUGGCCCUCUGGGAGACUUUUGAUAAAAUUUUGACUUUUCAAAGUCAGCUAAAUCUCUUUUUCGACCCAAUUUGCCCAAAGAAAAGCAGAAAUCUCCUUUUCAAUAUGAAGAGGAAGUAUUCCAGGCAGCUCUAACCAUAUGCAUUCACACACACACUCACACAGACACACACACACUCUUUUAAUCCUGGCAGAUUGAAAGCAGUGAAGUCUUCUAAAGAUUACUCUUUGUCUGUGUAUUGUGUGUGUGUGUGUGUGUGUGUGACUUAAUGCAUGAAGCUCAUGGGUCAUUACCCUGUCAGCAGCAGGACAUGAAAGGCCAUUAUCCAAAGGAGUCUGAACUAUAAAUAUUUGAUACGUGAAGAGGAUGUCCUGUAUCUCUCAUUAU